ACAAAACUUUUUCAUGAAAGUAUUUGUCGCCAUCUGCUGGUCAACAGAGGCAAUCGCAUACUUUUUGCCACAGGUGAAAUCAAUGUUGUGCUGAUGAUUCAAACACCUGUUUAAACCAAAGUGAGCGCGGCGGCGACGUUAGACCAGACGGGUAGUUUCUGAGUUCAGAGGGCGUCAUUCAUGUCUGUUAGGUGUUUUGAGAUUCUGAGAGGGAGCGGGUUAAUGAGAGAGCGCUGUUCUCAGGGGAAUCACAUCCCAUCGGGUCGACAGCUGCCCAGGACUCCGCCUAUGAUGGAUGUGAAGAAGCGCCUGGACUUCAGCUGUGAUUUCAGUGUGUCGUGUGAGGGGCCAUGUCUUGUUUCUGGGGCCGGCGGCGGAGACGGAGACGACCAGAACCAGAACCAGAACCGGACGUUUGAUUUCAGCACUCCUCCCGCAAAAGGACACGCUGCAGAACCGGACGAGCCCAAUUUCAUGCUGAAAGGGAUGAAGGGCUACCAGCUGACGGCCGAUGACAGGGAGUUCCUCAAAAGGCUGCAGGAAGAGCGAGUCAUUAAAAAAUACCAGGAAGACCUUGAAGACGUGCAGAGGCUGCUGAAAAAGGAGACCAUGGCGCUGGAGAUGGCGCACGCGUCCAGGAGGAAAGCGGAAGUGGAACUCGGAAAGUUUCCGUCCUGCGAGGAGCUCACACAGUGGCUCAAGGCGGUUCUGGAGGUCGUGGCCCCGACGGCCGACCUCACGGACCUGGACACGAAGUCCCUGCUGGCCGUGGUGACGGCGGAAGACGCCAGGGCGGCCGUGGACGAGAAGAAGCUCCAGCUGGUUCGACUGGAGGCCGCGGCGGCUGACAGGAGGAAGAAAGAGGCCGAAAUGAGAGGGUGGCAGGAAAAACAAAUCGCCAAUGAACAGCUGAGGAUCCAGGGACUGAUGAGCCAGUUAUCUGACCUGACCUCUGAACUUGCUCAACAAGAGGAAAUCUACAAGUCUCUUCAGAUGCAGAUCAAGAAACAGGAAGAAAGUGGAGCUGAUGCAGAGAAGGAAGAGGCCUCAGAUGAAGUACAAGCCAAAGGACAAGUGCAACGUGGACAAAAGGAGAAAAGAAAAGGUGAUAAAUCUGCUGAAAAAGUGCGAGACGCACCGAAGCAAAACAAGGAGAGGUCGACAAGGAACAAACGAACAGACGCUCAGAGCGCUGCGGACGACGGCACGAGUGAAAAUGUGACGACGGCAGAGACGAAGCCAAAGUCUGAAGCUGCAGCACCUAAAGCGACCAAGUCGGUCAAAGCGUCCAGAGGUUCACAGCAGAACGGGGAGGGGCCGGAGUCCGGUUCACGCGCCAGCCGAGCUGCGAGAGGGGGAGCGAGGCCGCCCGGAGCCACGGCGGCCGCCGCCUCACAGCCGCGAGGCCGGCGCACGGCGAGGAGCGAGGACGCGGCCCCGACCGCGGAGAAAGAGCGAAGAGGAGCGCGAGCGGCCGCCGAGGAGGAGGAGGAGGAAGGAACUGGUCUGAGACGAUCCAGGAGGAUAGCCAGCAGGAGGGGGGGGGCAGCCUUGCUCAAGGGCACUAAAGCUUAAGGCUGUAACAUUUAACAGAUUCAUAGUGUGGCUUUAGACUUGACGAUAUUUAAAUUAUUGUGCACCAUUUAAGAAUCAGGGGGCCAUUUUGUUUUAAAUGUAACGAAAUAAAGUUUGUUUUCACUUUUA